AUGGCAUUUGCCCUUUUAAAUUGGCACAGUUUAUAUUUCCUGGAAAAGCUGUCCGUGAAUGUACUAGUACUGAUUCUCACAUUCGCAGCAUUCAUUCUCGCCGUGUUCGUCACAUAUCUGUUCACUCUAUGCCGUUUCCAUUUCCAGCUGAGGAAGAAUCAACGUGGCCAGCGGCAAAUUCCAGCAUCAUUACCUUAUUUGCUGCCUUGGAUAGGAAAUGGGUUCCAGUUUGCUUGCUAUCCGCAUGCGCUGUUCGAGUUUGCGAGUUCAACCAGUGUCGGCAAUUCAAUUGUCAGGGCCCGAUUAGGGCCAAACCAUAUGUACAUUAUCACUGGCGCUGAAUAUGUCAAAGCAGCAUUUGGUAGCUCCAAGAAUCUGACUUUCGAUUCGAGAACUAUCCAAAUCAUGGAGCAGGUCUAUGGCCUUCCAGCUGGCGAUGCGGCCCCGUACAAGCGCUCUCCAGGAAAAGCAAAAGAGCUAGUGUCAAAGCUCGAUCAAUUGUAUAUCGCCAACCUGGCAAACCGCGAGUGCACUGCUGCCAUGAUCCGUCAGUUUGUCAAGAGUCUCAAUGCCCAAGUUGGAUGUCUACGGAACGACAAAGGAACUGAGGUUAUGAUUGGGGCAUGCUUGCGUCGCCUGAUGGCAACAGCUUCAAUUUCGGCUUUAUUUGGAGAUGCUAUCAUUGAGAAUAAUGCCACCUUUGUCCAAGAUUAUUGGAUAUUUAGCAAAGAUUUCAAGCGACUUCUUUACGGCAUGCCCAAACUCUUCUGCCGCAAAGGCGUUCAUGCGAGAGACCGCAUGCUUAAAGCGAUCAAGGCUUUCAUCCUGGACGCACUACAGGAUGACGUUGGAGAAAUGGAGCCGAAAUCACCGACAGUAGAAUCUUCUCCGCCUUAUGUUUCGCCGCUCGUACGAGAGACCAAUAAAUUCUUCACUGAAGCCGGAUUCAGUGUAGAGGGGAGAGCCUCUGAGGCGCUUAGCCUUGUCUUUGCGAUUAAUGACAAUGCUAUCCCAACCACGAUUUGGAUGCUCCUAGAGAUCCUUAAGUCACCAGGUUUGCACAAGCAGAUCUAUGAGGAGGUACAGACUUCCGUAGUCCCUGACCAAAAUGGCAACGGCAGAAACUGUUUAGAUCUCAGCAAGCUUCUCACCCUCCCCUUACUGAACUCCCUCUACUCCGAAUGCCUCCGCUAUCACUUAUCCGCGCAACUAGCCCGCCAUCUCAAAAACGACAUCGAGAUCGACGGGUAUCUGCUGAAGAAAGGAAAUUUAGUCGUGGCACCAACGCUGACGGCGCACCGAGAACCUGAAGUUUGGUUCCGGCCGGAUCACCUACCAAGCGAGGUCUGGCCAGAGCGGUUCCUUCAAGUGCGCAAUAUCAAGCCUAGCAAUUACUUUCCGUAUGGAAUGGGAGCAAUAAGCUGCCCGGGCCGGGUCUAUGCCAAAACUGUCAUAUUGACAACGGUGACUACGAUGCUUUUGACAUUUGACUUUGAAGUGCUGGGUUUUGUGGACGAUAGGGGAAAGGCGUGCUAUGGAGCGCCAAAGCCUGUCGCUCAGGGGAUGGGAGUCAGUUUGCCAGACCGCGAGCCAUUGGUGAAACUGAAACGGCGAUUUUCGCAGGGGAUCAUGUAG